UAUGAGAUUACAUAUAUCUUUUUAAUUACACCAUCUUUAAAGAAAGAUGCAGAAUUCAUAUCCUUUCUGCAAUGCAACCAAUUGUGUAUAAUUGAACCAUAGUAUCGCCUAUUAAGCUGAUAGACAGUGAAGAUGGCUGCAACACCCGAGAAGGAUAUAGCGCCUGAAGCACCUACAGAGCAGGCCAAAGCCCCCGAAGAAUUCCUCCAAAAGCCCGAUCCAAUCCGCGCCCACCAAACUUCCAGAAUUGGCGCCGAUGCUGCCCUCCAAUUACUUCAAGAAACCGGUGCUUUACACCAAGAUGUAGACCCAGAAGCCAGCCGAAGACUCGUUAGACGUAUUGACUGGCAUAUAAUGCCGCUUAUCUGUAUUGUAGAUUUUCUCCAGUACAUUGAUAAAACUGCAAUCUCCUAUGCCAGUGUGACUGGCAUUACGGAAUCGACAGGACUCAAAGGAAAUGAAUUCAAUUGGGUCGCAUCAAUUUUCUUCUUUGGACAACUCGCGUUCGAAUUUCCAACGAUCCGCUUGAUACAGCUAUUUCCCCUUGCCAAGUAUGCCUCAGUGAAUGUCAUUCUUUGGGGUACAACCCUAGCUUGCCUUGCAGCCUGCAAGAACUAUGCCGGAUUAUUGGUGUGCCGCUUCUUUCUUGGAGUCUUAGAGGCCGCUAUUGUACCUGCAUGGGUAUUGUUCACUUCGCAGUGGUACACGAAGGAGGAACAAGCCUUCCGAGUUGGCAUAUGGUUUUCAACUUGCGGAGCCGCGCAGAUGUUCGGCGGAUUUUUUGCGUACGGUGUAGCCAUACAUGUUGGCAAAGACCCGAACGCCCUUCUAAAGGGCUGGCAGAUUAUUUUCUUGUUCCUGGGUCUCUUGACUGCGGUCAUAGGAAUCGUAUUCUGGUUCAUCAUGCCUGACUCCCCCGCUGUUGCAAGAUUCCUUGACAAGGAACAGAAAGGACUUCACCUCGAACGCAUUAGACAUAACGAACAGGGAAUCGGGUCGAAAACCUUCAAAUGGGACCAGGUGAGAGAAGCAUUGACGGAUACAAUGACCUGGCUAUACGCAUUCUGGAUUUUCGCCGCCAAUGUCCCCAACUCCAUUGCGACAUCUUUCGGAAACAUCUUGGUUAGAGGCAUGGGUUACUCAAACGAGGAUUCCUUGCUCUUGGUAACACCUCUCGGCGCUUGGGAGAUUGUUGCUUUGGUCGGACUCACAUAUGCGGCGAUGAAAACAAAACAGCGACUUUAUUUCUGCAUCGCCGGCCACAUUCCCGCCAUCGUAGGUGCCAUUUUAAUGGCUACGACACAGAAGGUUCCAGCGCUGAUCGGGUACUACACAAGUGGUGGCAUUCCCAUCGGAUGGACGACAAUAUUAGGGCUGCAGAGCUCUAACGUAGCGGGGUCAACGAAAAAGGUCACAGUGGCUUGCAUAGGGACAAUUGCGUACACUGUCGGCAACAUCAUAUCGCCCCAAACCUUUCAGGCGCGGGAUGCCCCAAGAUAUCUUCCAGCUAAAAUCUCCAUUUGCAUCAUCUAUGUUCUUAUCACGCUUGACCUUGUUCUGAUGCGGUGGGUGUUGGAUAGACGGAAUAAGCAAAGGGAGCAGGAGAAAGAGACUUUGGGAAGUAAUUACAAGCCAGAGGAAAACCACGAGUUUUUGGAUUUGACGGAUCUUCAGAAUAGGGAGUUUCGUUAUGAGGUUUAGGCCUUGUUCAGGCUCCUACACUAGAAAAUAGCGCCGGAAAAUGGGGGAAUAGCGGGUGGAUACCUGGGCGGGGGUUGUCCAGUUAGCGCCAGGAGGUCUGUGAUAUUCAUAUCAUUUGCGCUGAGCCGAACAAAAAAAAGAACAGAGAACGCGACGAAGCGAUUGGCUAGGGAAAACUUUAAAGCUUUGGGUAUUUUAGACCAGAUCCAAAGAGGAGAUUCCAAUAAUCUUUGAAGCUAAAUAGGGAAA